CCCCAGCCCCGACCCGGAUUGGUGGCCGCUCGCAAAGUUUGCGCAAAGUUUGUGCGAUCUCCGCCCGGUUUCCGUUUUCCUCCUCCGGAGAGCCAGCGAAGGACUAAUCCUGCCCCCCAGCCCACCCCGGGCUUGCGUCGGGCGGCGCUGCUUACAAAAUCGGCGGCGGAAUCGCUUCGCAGGCGAAGCAUGGAGCGCUGCGAAGGGGAAGAGCCGGAGGCGGCCGAGGCGCCGCCGGGGACGCGCCUCUUGCUGGCCUUCAAGGCGUUCCUGAGCUCCCGCAAAGGGCUGCUGCUGCUGGCCCAGGCGGCUCUCUCCUUUACCAUCUUCAUCUGCUACAUCGCUUCCACAGCUGCACCUUUCAUGAUGGUGCCGUUACUGACAUUCCUGCUCGCUCUGUGCUUUUUCGUUUCGUAUUCGCUGAAACUGAAUGAGAAGUUCCGAGGCAUCUAUUGGCUUUUGGCGGAUUUUUUGUGUGGAAUUAUUGCUGCUAUCAUAUAUUUUGCCAUCUCCAUUGCUGCUGUUUCUAAAUAUACGGACACUGCAUCGAAGGCAGCGGGGGUGUUUGGUUUUAUUGCUACCGUCGUCUACUGUGCCUAUGUCUAUUUCACCUUUAAUGACCUGGCAACAUUUUUAAAGCAGGAAGAUUCCUCCGAGACCCCCAAACCACAGAAGUCAGAAAAUGACUCAGAUUCAGAUUCCGACUGAAACCUCAAUGGAAAAGGAGGAAGGUGUAAAGAGGAAAAGAACAAAAGCAGAGGAAAAAUGAAUGUUUUGAGUAUUUUAAUCUUUUUCAGUGAACUUGAAUAUUUUAACAGUGAAUUUUACGGAUUGUUGUUACAACUGGGAUCACCAGAAUCAUGCUGGGAACAUUAUUGUGUGUAUAAUUUACACUGAAAAAGUGGAUCUACUGCUGAGGCUCAUUCAGCAUUGCAGUAGACUUUUCCAGCCGAACCCUUUAUGAACAGACUCCUUAUGUUAUCGGGGUGUAUAUAGUGUUUAUUAACAUCAUAAAAACAUGGACUUUCUUUAGUAGUAAGUAGACAUCCUGAUCAAGUUUACAAACUUUAUUAGUUCUUUAAAAAAAAAAGUUUUCUACUUAUACCAAGGUUUUUGUUCUUGAGUUCAGAAGACAAUAGCUUGCUUAUUUGUUAGAAGGGGCUUUAUUGUCAAUUUUAAAACUUAGACCGAAUUUAAACUCAGGACAAAUUCAGCAAUAAUGGAAAUAUGUUUAAAUCCCUCAUGAAUAAAGCCAAAGUAAGAUGUUUCCUUAAAAUCAUGUCACAUAGUCAUUAAUUACAUGCCUAGACAUACCAAGCCUCGUUUUAACAGAUCAUUCCUCAAGGCCAAUCAAAUCUUUAUUACAGUCAUAUACCAGCAUAAGAAGGGUGAAAUAUGAACAACAAUUUAAUAGAUAGAAGAUAGAUAGAGACUGGGGGAAGAUUACAGUUAAAAAAAAAUAAAGACUAAAAAAUAAUGUAUAUAUAUCAUUUAGAUUUUUUUAAUGUUUUAACUUUAUAAAUUAUUGCUUGUAUUCUGGCCUAUGACUAUAACCAAGAUUUGAUUUGAUUGACUGAUAGCUCCACCAGUAAUUAUGAGAGGUGAGCUAUAGAAAGCUAUGCAAGACCCAGUGGCCUUUUUUUGAGAUGGACAAAUUACCAAAAAGAAUCUUAAGUAUAGUGUGUGAACAAGACAGUCCUGCACCUUCUGGUUGUUUUUUUCCCCCUCCCAUAUACCAGCAGUCGUUAGUCCACACUUAACAGCUGCUCUGUUUAGCAACGGCUCUAAGUUAUGACAGUGCUGAAGAAGUACCUUCACAACCAUUGCAGCAUCCCUGCAGUUUUGUGAUUGCCAUUUGCGUACUUUGCAACCAGCAGGUGGUUUAUGAACAUCACAGUCCUGCAGUCCACAUAAUCAUUUGUGCCCUUCACAACCAGCUUCUGACAAACAAGAGUCCAUGGAGAAGCUGUCAGUAAAAAUCCAAGUCGUAGUCGCUUGACGUCUCGCUUAGUGACUUGGGGUGACUCAAUAACCACAGCAGAAGUGAGGGCACGCAAGUCUGUUUUAGUCACAUGAUGUUUCCCUUAACAACUGCAUUGCUUAGUAAGAGUUGCCAGUCCAAAUAGUGAUAGCUCAACAAGGGCUAAUAAUGAAGGAAACUAUGAUGCAAUAUAUCAUUACACCAUAUUUAAUAUGCUUAGUACCAAUUUGUAUUAGUUUUGCAGCUAGGUUCAGUUAUCAAGACAAAGCAAACGUGACUUUUGAUAAAUCCUGCAGGCGGGUCCUAAAAAUAAAAGGAAAGACUCAGCAGGCUGACUUCUGAACUGGGUUAACGUAACAGUUCCGUAUAUGUUUCUCUGGAAUUCCCCUGAGGAUCGUUUUACCGUCUUUGCUUCUUUUUAUAUAGUCAUUUGCAUGUGGUUUAAUCUGUGAUAUUUUUUUUUUCCAAUUGACGGUAACCUAGUGGUGCAGGUUAAACGGAACAAGGAAUGCAUUUUGGAACUGUAGGUGGAGUAAAUCUAUUUUCAUUUUAAGGUGUUCACUAGCUUUCAUAUUAUUUAAAUAUCUGCACUAUCUGGAAAGAUCUGGGUAUUUUAGAUGUGAGAACAAUCAUAAUGGCCUAUUCUUGGUUACGUUAAUAACUUUUAUAUUAAUCUCAUUCAGGGAAACAAUUCAGGCCUUUUCUUGUUCAAAAUAAUCUUUGCAUUACAGAUUUCAGACCUAUUUUGGUCUAUAAUUCAGAUACUUAGUCACAAUGGGAUUCAAAACCUGAAUAAUGUGCAAAGUUGCAGGGGACAAGUAUUUUUGAUCAGCUGAUGAAAAACAAUGUCCAAGAACUAACAUUUGAUUAUAAAAUUGGAACAUUGCAGAAAUGGAAAGAGAAAGGGUAUGCAGUGUUUCACUGGCUGGCAUGUAGCGGUAAUGUAUCUGUGAAAAUCAAUACUAACAGAAUCAUAAAAACGAAGGCUAUUAAGUCUUAAUUUGUCUGUUUCUUAAAUAACAUCUCUGGAAUAUAAUUUUACCUGUACAAAUUUAAUUCCGGAAUUUGUACACUGAUACAAAUGCUUGAUUUAAGAUUAGGGUAAUCUCAGGUUAUGCCUAAAACAAAUCAGAAACAGCAUAAAAAUAAAGGUAUCCAGAAGCCACUUCAUUUACAGUAUACAAAAUGAGCAGCUCAGUUCCAUUGUAUUUACUUGCAUGAUUUAGACACAGUGGUGUGAUUCAGCCAGUUCGCACCACUAAGGCAGAACUGGUAGCUAAUUUUUUGUUGCCCAGGCCCAGAAUGGACUUCUAGAAGCGGCAUCCACACAGAGAGCUGGUUGUUCACAUAUAUGAAUCCCACCACUGUUUAGACAUACAUGCUGCUUAUAAAGUGACUGAGAAAUGGGUUAAUGAUUUGAUUAUGUGAAUCUUAUGCUAUCGAAUUUUGUAAUCUUUUGAUACUAUGUUAGUCUGUUUUUACUGUAAGUGUAUUUUAUUAAAAAGGUACUUUUGCCUCAA